GGAGGGGUGCCUUAAAACCGACCACAGUGACGAGAACGAGCGAGCCUGCGGACUCCCAACCGCCUGGAGAAGCCGACACUCAGCCGGGUCGAGCCACAAAAGAUAGCAAUUUAGGACUCUUUUCUUUCGCGUUUUUUUCCACCAAAGCAACAACCGAGCGUUGAACUCAGCCUGAGACCUUUGAUUCCCGUCGUUUUUGCUUUUUCGAAUAGUGCAGGACGUGUUUAUUCCCCCCCUCUCACCGGAGAAGUGAGAGUGGGCUGCUUGGAGUCACUUACAAAGACCAUCAAGAAGUCAUGACACGACGGAGAUUUUAUUUGGAUGAAAGUGUAUGAACUAAGCCCGGAUUCGACCGUGGGUGGACCCGUUCGAGAUACACGGACUACCAGCGACGCGCGGGGACGUUACGUGCAGAUUUGCGACGCUGUUUUGGUCCCUUUUUGAGUCGCCCUACUUGGAUCAAAGUUUUUCCUUCCUUCCCUCCCUCCCCCUCUCCUCCUCCUCCUCAUCCUCCUCAACUAUGGCGGCGGCCGGGUCCACCGCUGGCUCCGUGCUUGUGCGGAUCAUGUGGCUGCUGUGCGGCUUGUCCUUCUCACCCUCUUCUGCUCAACACUACAACAGCGAGAGCGGAAUAUCCAUACCGGAGCAUGGAUUUUGCCAGCCCAUUUCCAUACCACUGUGUACCGACAUCGCCUACAACCAGACCAUCAUGCCGAACCUCCUGGGCCACACCAACCAAGAAGACGCGGGGCUGGAGGUGCACCAGUUCUACCCCCUGGUGAAGGUCCAAUGCUCGGCCGAUUUAAAAUUCUUCCUGUGCUCGAUGUACGCUCCUGUGUGCACGGUUCUGGAGCAAGCCAUCCCUCCUUGCCGGUCGCUCUGUGAGCGCGCACGUCAAGGGUGUGAAGCCCUGAUGAACAAAUUCGGUUUCCAGUGGCCCGAGAGACUUCGCUGCGAGGCGUUCCCGGUCCACGGGGCCGGUGAGAUCUGCGUGGGUCAGAACACGUCGGAGCCCAGCAGCCCGGGCUCCUCGUCUUCCCCGUAUGCUCCCGAACUGGUCACCCUUCCCCCCAGCUUGAGCCGACCCAAGCCUCCGCCGCACAACCAGUACCCGGAGUUCUCAUGCCCGCUGCAGCUGGAUGUUCCGUCCUACCUGGGCUACAAAUUCAUGGGGGUCAAAGACUGCGGGGCGCCCUGCGAACCCACCAAGCCCACCGGGAUCAUGUACUUCCGGGAGGACGAAGUGAAAUUUGGUCGGCUCUGGGUGGGCAUCUGGUCCAUCCUGUGCUGCGUGAGCACUCUGUUCACGGUGCUCACUUACCUGGUGGACAUGAGGCGCUUCCGCUACCCCGAGCGACCCAUCAUCUUCCUGUCUGGUUGUUACUUCAUGGUGGCCGUGGCCUACGCAGCAGGCUUCUUCCUGGAGGACAGGGUGGUGUGCGUGGAUAAAUUCAAGGAGGACGGUUACAGGACAGUGGCCCAGGGGACCAAAAAGGAGGGCUGUACCAUCCUCUUCAUGGUCUUGUACUUUUUCGGGAUGGCCAGCUCCAUCUGGUGGGUCAUCCUGUCCCUCACGUGGUUCCUGUCAGCCGGCAUGAAAUGGGGCCACGAGGCCAUCGAAGCCAACUCACAGUAUUUCCACCUGGCCGCGUGGGCCGUGCCCGCCAUCAAGACCAUCACCAUCCUGGCCAUGGGCCAGGUGGACGGCGACGUGCUGACCGGCGUGUGUUUCGUGGGCAUCUUCAACGUGGACGCCCUCCGCGGCUUCGUCCUGGCCCCGCUCUUCGUCUACCUGUUCAUCGGCACUUCCUUCCUGCUGGCCGGCUUCGUGUCCCUUUUCCGGAUCCGCACCAUCAUGAAGCACGACGGCACCAAGACGGAGAAGCUGGAGAAGCUGAUGGUGCGCAUCGGCGUGUUCAGCGUGCUCUACACGGUCCCGGCCACCAUCGUCAUCGCCUGCUACUUCUACGAGCAGGCCUUCCGAGAGCACUGGGAGCGCACCUGGCACAUGCAGACCUGCAAGCGCUUCGCCGUGCCCUGCCCGCUCCACAACUUUGCCCCCAUGACGCCCGACUUCACCGUUUUCAUGAUCAAAUACCUGAUGACCAUGAUCGUCGGGAUCACCUCAGGCUUCUGGGUCUGGUCCGGCAAGACCUUGCAGUCGUGGAGGAGGUUCUACAAGCGCCUUAGCAACGGUAACCACGGAGAGACCACGGUGUGAAGUGGAAACAAGGUACAAAACUACAAAAAUAGAGAAAUGAGGUCGGAUAGCUUUCAAUUUUCUACGAUUUUGGACUUAUUUUUCUAUUUGUGACAACCUCGCAAGCCCACAGACAGAACUUUUUCUCUAUAUUCGAUAUUAAAUGGAAGAAUCUGCAGUUUUCUUUUAAAUGGUCCCUGAACUCUUGAUGGGGUUUUUUUUGUACUUUUGGAUCUUAAACACAUAAGCUCUCUGUCAUUAACACCGGACUUGAAGUUACCCUUAAUUAGUCACUCACUACACCAUUAUUGUGUUUUCUUCCAUGUUGAAUGUACGUUGUGUGUCCGCUCACACGGUGGCCAAACAUGAUGGAAUGAGACUGAUGGGCCUAAACAAAGUGCCAAGUGCAGCCAAAAGGUCCAAAGACUGUGAACGCGUUCCAUAGGCAUACCUGGGGUCGACAUUUUAAGUUACUCUGCUUGUAGACUGAAAUGCUUUAAAUUGUCUGUUAGAUUUUAUGAAAAAAAAAACAACAAAAAAAGGAGCAGCAGCCCCUCACGUUGUUGCCAAAUGGCUACGCACAAUUCUCAGUAAAAAACCUUUGCCUUUUUUUUCUUUUUCUCCCGCAUUGAAUGUUCACUCCGAAGGCGAAUGAAGUUACUGUUUGUGGUAGUUUGCACAAAGUUUUUUUUUUUUUUUCUUUUUUUAAGUGUUGAAAUAAGUGACUGUUACACUACAAAAGGCUUGUUCGCUUUAGAUGUAAUAGUGGCAACUCAAUUCCCAAUUUCUUUGGACCCUAGAACGGAAGAGCCACAUUUGGUCUGUUGCUGCCAUUCUGCCACCCCCCGUCCCCUCCUCCUCAACCCCAACUGUUCAAUGCAGUCCGAGCGCUCCUCAUCGCUCUUGAACUAUUCUCGCAUCUACAGUAUAAACCUUUUUUUACGAGUUGUGAUGUUUUUGUGUCCCGUUUCAUUAUGAACUCAUCAGCACCAUGAAAUGGCCGCAUUUCCCUUGCAAGACUUUUGGAGACCACACACACACACACAUGGGCCUUAGCCCCGGUCUGUGUGUGUGUGUGGUCCCUUACAUUGGUGGACCCCCGAUCAGAAAGACUGUUAAUAGGUUUCUUCUGUGGGAGUGGAUAUGGUGCUUGAGAACUUUUGAAUGUUUAUUCUUGCUUAGAUAAAGACGAUUGUUCACACUUUAAGCCUGCCAUUCUUUAUUUUUGUUACAUUUAGACGUGUUUAAAUCUGUACGGGGGGGAGGGCGGGAGGAUAUAUAUAUAUAAAAUAUAUUUUUGAAGUUGUUCCACAUCCAGACUGACCUUUCCAUACAGGACGAAGGCGCAUGCGCUUUAUGAUCCGCUAGCGUGUGCCAUACAGAAGCCAUGUUUCUGUUCUUGAUCCUACAUCUCCGAAAAAGCACAGAUGAUUUUAAAAGUAACGUCGCUAGUGGUUUGAGUGUCGAGACAUACCUCACUGUGUUUAGCAGUUGUCACUCGUAUGCAUGUCUAAGUGUGCUUGCAUUUACAUGACCUCGAAAUGUUUACCGGUUCAUAAUGUUUUUACUUAUGGACAUGAACCAAGUGUCCUCAGAAAAUAACUCGACCCAUAUGUGUUUUACAGGCAAGUACUGCUCGAACAUGGAGUCCGAGUAAUUAAAAAAAAAUAUGUAUUGUAUAUUGGAGACACUAUACACUUUCAGGUAGGCAUUGAAAAUGGUUCAACCCUGAGUAACAGCUCUUCGGAACAGGGCUUAAAAUUACAAGUCUGUAGAAGAACCCUGUUGUUGCAACAUCAUUUUUUUGGGGGGGGGGGUCAUGUUGCACAAUUUUGUAUGUGUAAAUAAGGCAAAGAUAGUGUUUAAGAUGGAUGGAGAAUUAGUUUUUUUUGUGUCCAUCGCACAAACUAUAUUGUAAACACUAGACCGCACAUAAUCCAAGAAUACAGUUCAUACUCAUUUUGGUAGUGACAUCCUAACAGUUCAUGUUAAAGAAAUCCCCAUAUGAAUGUGUAAGGGAGGCAGUGUGAAUGAUGCAAGAUUUGCCCCUUAUUUUUUUUUUUUUUUGGUAUCGAUUCAGAUUUAUGCAUGUAUGUAUGUGCGUGUGUGUGUGCGCGCAUUGGAGCAUUAUGCAAAUUAGCCAUUUAACAGCCCCAACUUCUUAUAUUGUAUUUAUGGGGAUGCUCAUCUGUCUCUUUUUUUUGUUUGUUUUUUUUUAAAAGCCUGUGUCUGUACAGUCUGAAUUAAAGUGAUAAGGUUUGUAAAGUU